AUGAGAAACAUUGCCUCUUCUUCUUCUUCAUCUGCUUCCACUCCUAAAUGGACUUAUGAUGUUUUCUUGAGCUUUAGGGGUGAAGAUGUCCGAAAGAGCUUUGUCGACUUCCUCUACAGUGCUCUGCAACAAAAGGGAAUUUACACCUUCAAAGACGACGAAAAGCUUGAAAGAGGAAGAUCCAUUUCACCUGCACUACUCCAAGCUAUUAAAGAGUCAAGAAUUGCAGUUAUAAUAUUCUCAGAAAACUACGCCACUUCUUCAUGGUGUUUAGAUGAGCUCGCAGAGAUCAUUGACUGCAAGCAUGUGUUGGGACAAACUGUUCUGCCGGUUUUUUAUUACGUGGAUUCAUCUGUGGUACGGAGACAGAAAGGCAGCUUUGAUCGAGCUUUUGUCAAACAUGAAGACGAAAUAGAGGACAAGGAAAGGAUUCAAAAGUGGAGAGCAGCUCUUACUGAAGCUGCUUCUGUCGCUGGCUGGGAUGUUCCCAACACUGCUGAUGGGCAUGAGUCUAAAUGCAUCCAAGAAAUUGUUGGAGAUGUUACGGCUAAAUUGGGAAGAGUUAUUGCAGUUGAAGAAAAAAACCAAGUUGGUAUUGAUUCUAGAGUUCAUAAAGUAAAUGCAUUGCUGAAUUUGGGGUCUGAUGCGGUUCACUUUUUAGGGAUUUGGGGAAUGAGUGGAAUUGGUAAAACAACCAUAGCAAGGGCUGUUUUUGACCGAAUAUCCACUCAUUUUGAAGGUGCCAUCUUUCUGCAUGAAGUUAGAGAACAAUCAAAAAGUCUGGAAAUUUUGCAAGAGAAGAUUCUUUCAAAAAUUCUUUGCUUAAAAGAUUUGAGGAUCAGCAGUGUUUUUGAAGGGUCAAAUAUGAUUCUGAGAAGACUAUGCUAUAAAAAAGUCCUUAUUGUUCUUGACGAUGUUGACCACCUAGAUCAAUUAGAAGCUUUAGCUGGAAAACAUCAUUGGUUCGGUGCUGGUAGUCGAAUUAUCAUUACCACAAAAAAUAAGCAUUUGCUUGUUACACAUGGAGUAGAUAAAAUGCACAAGGUGGAGUUGUUGAAUCAAUCUGAAGCUAUUCAGCUGUUUAGUCGGCAUGCUUUUAAGAAGGACUAUCCUGCAAGAGAUUAUGAGGAGCUUUCAAAUGAAAUAGUGCAUUAUGCUGGUUGCCUUCCCUUAGCUCUAAAAGUUUUAGGUAGCUUUCUGUAUGGCAGAGACAUGGCUGAAUGGAGAAGUGAAGUGGAGAGAUUAAAAAGAAUUCCAGAAGAUGAAAUUAUGGAAAAGCUCAAAGUAAGUUUUAAUGGACUCAGAGAAGUUGAAAAAGAAAUUUUCUUGGAUAUUGCGUGUUUCUUUAACGGGAAGAAGGAAGAAUACAUAAGAAGAGUACUUGAUAGUUUCGAUUUCUAUCCUGAUAUAGGCAUAAAGGUUCUCAUCGAGAAAUCUCUCGUAACCGUUUUUGGAGGAAAGAUUCUGAUGCAUUGUUUAAUACAAGAAAUGGGUUGGCAUAUUGUUCGCCAAAAGGCUCCAGAUGAGCCAGGAAAGCACAGCAGGCUCUGGGUAGCAGAGGAAAUUUGUGACAUUUUGGCUAGAGACACGGCGACAGAAAAUAUUGUGGGCAUGUGGCUGGACUUGUCUACCGCAAAAGAUGUUGUAAUUAAGAAUGAAGCCUUUGAAAAGAUGAAGAAACUAAGGCUACUCAAAAUCAAUAAUGCUUGUGUUUCUCGCUGCCCGAAUUGCAUACCGAAUGGGAUACGGUGGCUUAACUGGCAUGGAUACCCUUCAAAAUCCCUUCCACAGAGUUUCCAAGCUGAAAAGCUCGUAGGACUUAACCUACAAUAUAGCCGCAUCAUACAUCUAUGGAAAGGGAUAAAGUCGCUGGACAAAUUGAAAUACAUCGACCUGAGCUAUUCCCAGAAGUUAAUAAGGACGCCAGACUUCACAGGGAUACCAAAUCUUGAGAGAUUGAUCCUUGAAGGCUGUUCAAGUCUCACAAGUCUGCCAAGUAGCCUCUGCAGAUUGAAAUGUCUUGAAGCUCUUAUUCUUUCUGGGUGCUCAAAACUUGACAAGUUACCAGACGAGCUAGGACAUGCACUGAGCUUAAAAGAGCUUUAUGUUGAUGGAACUGCCAUCUCCAAGCUACCAUCCUCUAUCGUACUUUUGAAAAACCUAAAAACAUUGUCUUUCAGAGGAUGUAAAGCAAAGGCAUCUCGUAAAUGUAGAGCAUUCUCGCCCUCCUGGUUGCGGGGUCAAAAAAGUCAAAAUUCAACUGGCUUGGUUUUUCCAUCUGUUUCAGGAUUAAAUUCCCUAGCAAAACUAGAUCUUAGUGAUUGCAAUCUGUCAGACAAAGGAUUACCUUGCGAUUUAGGGAGCUUAUCCUUCCUAGUAGAAUUAAAUCUUGGCAAGAACAACUUUACUAGUAUCUCUGCCGCAAGUAUCAAGAACCUCAGUCGCCUUCGAAUCCUUGAAUUAGUUGGCUGCAAGAGACUUGAGAUACUUCCAGAGCUUCCACCUUGUAUAGAAGAAGUGUAUGCAGAUAAUUGUACAUCAUUGCAGAGUGCAACUGAUUUGACAAAGCAUGGGUUGUUACACAGGGUUUCAUUCAGUAAUUGUUUCAAGCUGCUUCAGGAUGAACGAACUUCCAGCAUGAUAUAUGCAACUUGGAACCACAUGCUAAAGAAAUUUUCACUUGUAGAUGGUAGCUUUAGCAUCUGUCUUCCUGGAGGGAGCAUUCCAUCCUGGUUCACCUACCAGAAUUCAGGGCCUUCAAUAACAAUUGAGCUUCCUCCAAAUUGGUACAACAAUGAGUUCAUGGGAUUCGCAGUUUGUGUUGUUUCUGAUUUGAUAAGGACCCCAUUUUUGUUGGAAUUACAAUGGCGUGAGCUUCUACAGAAAAUUCCAGGUUUUCCUGUCCAGUUUACUCUCAUAGAUAAGGAGAUGAAUCGCUUUUGCUACGUAUUCACCAUGGCUUUUGUGGGGGCCGAAAACAACAUUGAUUCAGAACAUACUUGUCUAGGAUAUCUUCCAUUUGAUAAUAUUUUGGAUGCGCUUGCGUUUACAAGACGGCGUAAUGGGUCUUUGCCAUCUUUGUGGUCAAAUAGCUUACGCAGCCCAAAUGAUUGGACUUGCAUUGAGGCGUCUGCUCAUGCUGAUGCUAAGGAAUGUUUGGUUUUCAAAGAAUGGGGAAUCAGUCUUGUAUACGAGAACGAUGUUAGGCAGAAUUCCGAACUUUUGAUGAUCCCACAAAGCUCUGAGUUGGGAGAAAGGAGAUUCUCAUCCAAUGUGAUUGUCAAUAGACUGAAAUCCAGCAGGAGGAGAAGAAGAGGUCCUGAAGCUUUGCCAAGUUUUCCAUCAGAAUUGACUCAGAUCGGGGACCCCUCAGUUCGGAGACCCAUCCGCGUUGACGGUGUCCAUCUAUUUAGCACAGUAGCGACUGAUCUUCCCAGCCUAAUGUCUAAUGUACAUCACGUACAUGGAAGCAUUGGAGGAUGCGAUACAAUAACAAACCCAGGGCGUUAUUUGUGUCUAGCACAAGGCGCUUGGUAUCCUUGGUGA